AUGCUCUCCUUAGACAUCAGACCCAAUGAGUACACUUUCGGCACAUUAGUUCAUUCGGCUGUCAUCCUUAAAGAACUCCGGUUAGGCAAACAAAUUCACUGCAUCGCGAAAAAAAUCGGCCUCGACUCGAACGUGUUUGCGGGCAGCUCAAUUCUUGAUCUUUAUGCCAAGCUCGGAGGUCUAAACGAGGCUCUGAGGGCAUUUACGGAAAUAAACUUGCCAAACGUGGUCUCUUACGCGACUUUGAUACGUGCGUACAUGAGAGAAGGUAGAUUUGACGAAGCCCGACUCGUUUUCUGGUCGAUGCCCGAGAAAAACGUGGUCUCUUGGAACACCAUGAUCAGCGGUUGCAGCCAGUCGGGAGAAAACGAGGAGGCCGUGAAUUUUUUCGUCGAGAUGCUUAGAGAAGGUUGUGUUCCGAGUGAGCAUACUUAUCCAUGCGCGAUUAUCUCGGCCGCAAAUAUCGGGGCCUUAGGCAUGGGGAAAAGCAUCCAUGCUUGCGCGUUGAAGUUCUCGGGCGAUGAUCUAAGCUUGUUUCUAGCGAACUCGUUAAUAAGCUUCUACGCGAAAUGCGGAAGCAUGGAGGAUAGCCUUUCGGUUUUCGAGAGAACCCGCGAGAAGAAUAUCGUGUCUUGGAAUGCGGUCAUUUGCGGGUACGCACAAAAUGGUCGGGGAAAUAGUGCGAUUCAAACUUAUCGGAAAAUGAAGCGAACGGGCUUCGAGCCGAAUAGUGUCACGCUUCUCGGGUUGUUAUGGGCAUGCAAUCACGCGGGCCUUGUCGACGAGGGGUACGAGUACUUUAACGAGGCAAGAAACGAGAACCCGAGCAUCGUGCAAGCGGAGCACUACGCGUGCAUUAUCGAUUUAUUGUCUCGUUCGGGGAGGUUUUUCGAGGCAAAGGAGUUCAUAAAAAACUUGCCUUUCGAUCCGGGUGUCGGGUUUUGGAAGGCAUUGCUUGGUGGGUGUCGGGUCCACUCGAAUUUGGAAUUGGGGGACGUUGCGGUUAGGAAGAUACUCGAGUUGGAUCCAAAGGACGUGUCGUCUUAUGUGAUGCUAUCGAAUGCGCAUUCUGCAGCCGGGAAGUGGGGCAAUGCGCUAAGUGUGAGGCAGAGGAUGAGUGAGAAAGGUCUCGAUAGGGUCCCCGGUUGCAGUUGGAUUGAAGUUCGAAGCAAGAUUCAUGUGUUUGUUAAGGAUGAUAAGAGGCAUGAACAGAAGAAUGAAAUUUACAAGGCUUUGGGGUUUUUCUUCGAACACAUUAGGGAUGGUCGAGAUAAGAAAGUUGUAAUGGAAACUUGA